UGUUUACAUUAAAUAAUAUUAAAUACAAUACUCUAUAUAUAUCUGUGAUUACGUUGACUAUAGACUUGAGUUUUGACAUCAAUUAUGGAUAAUAUAUCACAUUUGAUACCACAUGAAGACAUCGGUGAAGACAAAGAAAACAUUGUUAUUAAUGUUACCAACAAUGAACUGCUGAGGAAUGCCGUUCACAAUGUCUUAGGUUGUGAUGACAAGAGACCAAAUGACAUACCAAUGACUGACAGAAAACUUAUAAAUAAUGACUUAAAUAAUGACACAAAUUAUCUUCAAAUGAAUAAUAAAGUUAUAAAAACUCAGAACAAUAGCAAAGAUGUACCGUUCAAAUUUGGAUAUCUAUUUGAUUACUUAAGAAGUGAAUUAAGACGAAACUAUGUCCUCGAAAAUGACGAACAAAGAUAUGAAGAAAGAAGAGAGAAGUUCUAUAUCUUCUUAAGGAUUCCCUUGCAAUUGGAAAAAUUUCUGUGUUACGGAUUCUUUCAAUGUGUGGACGCCUUUCUGUUUGUCUUCACUCUACUUCCCAUACGGUUUGCACUUUCGCUUUGGUUUCUAAUUACAAGAUCUUUCAACAAAUGGUUUUGUUUACUGAACGGUCAGUCGUGGCAAAUGACGGGUCCAUUGAAACCAUUGGAAGGAUUAGAACCGUCAGAAAUCUGUGAUCUUAUGAAAGGUGUUAUUGUAUUGAGUGGUGUAUUCCUCAUGAGUUAUAUCGACACUUCAAUGCUUUACCACAUUAUUAAAAGCCAAUCAGUUAUCAAACUCUACAUUUUCUUCAAUAUGUUAGAGGUUGCCGACAAGUUGUUGUCGUCAUUUGGUCAGGACAUCUUAGAUGCCCUGUUCUGGACAGCCAAUGAGCCGAGAGGCAAAAAGAGGGAACAUCUCGGAGUCAUACCUCAUCUCUUUAUGGCAAUAGCUUACGUUUUCAUGCAUAGUCUACUUGUGCUACUACAGGCCACCACUUUGAAUGUAGCCAUCAAUUCAAAAAAUAAAGCAUUGCUUACAGUCAUGAUGUCUAAUAAUUUUGUUGAACUUAAAGGAAUGGUAUUCAAGAAGUUUGAAAAGACAAAUCUUUUUCAGAUGUCUUGUAGUGAUGUUAGGGAACGCUUUCAUUAUAUUAUUUUAUUAAUUGUAGUUAUCAUACAAACAAUGAAAGAAUAUAAUUGGAGUGAAAAACAAUUUUGGAUUUUAUUUCCCGAUUGUUUGCUUGUAUUUAUUGCCGAAAUAUUUGUCGAUUGGUUUAAACACGCAUUCGUUACGCGUUUUAAUGAAAUUUCGUUUGAAGUCUACGAAGAAUAUGCUAUUAGUUUAGCUUAUGAUUUGGCGUCCAGUAAAUUAAAAAGUGCAUUUUCAGAUCAUUCGGAUCUUAUAUCUCGAAGAAUGGGUUUUAUUCCUUUACCUUUGGGAGUGUUAGUCAUUAGAAUAAUGAGCGGAUCUUUUCACUUGAACUGUUGGUAUGGUUUGGUUUGCCUUUUUGUAUCAUAUCUGUGUUUAGUGAGUUUCAAAUUGGUUGUCAAUAUAGUAUUAUUAGGACAGGCAUGUGAUCUCAUAGAAGCACAUCGAAAGACAAUAGACGACAAAGUGGGUGCUCUUUCCCGACAAUAUACUAGUCUUCCUGCUAGUCGUCAUAAUAGUUGUGAAGACAUUCCCAGUGCUGUCUCUCCUCACGCAAAGAGUACGCCACACACUCCGAGUCCGAGCACUCGGUCCAGUUUGGCGGACAUCACACAACAGGCAGCCAUAAUGCAGGAAACACUCGAGUCUUCGAUGAUAUUCUCAAACAGUACUGUUAGUCUCAAUAGUCUUGAUAUUAAUGAUGGAACAGCUAUCAAGUUUACGGUCACUUCAGGAACUAGUGAUCUUAAGUUAAGCCAAAAAUCUAUUCUCAGACAAAGACAUGUCGACAAUCAAUUCAAAAGAAGAGUUUCUCUACAAGAAAUGACAUCCGAUUCAUCUAUAAUUCCAUUUCUUGAUUUAUCUGUAAACGAAAAUAAAUUUAAAUGA